UUGAUGACGUAGUCAGGAAAUGCACGCAAACUGGAAACAGUAUCAUUGAUUAGAUUCUUGACCGUUUUUAUUGACACAAAAGCUAACUUUACCUCUUGGGAGUUAUGCAGAUUUGGUGUCUCGUUUCAAUUUGUGUUUUACUUGGCGUUGUUGUGAGAUGGGGCGUGUCGUUAAAUUCAUAUUCCGGAGCAGGAAAAGCACCUAUGUUUGGCGACUAUGAAGCACAGAGGCACUGGCAAGAAAUCACCUACAAUCUUCCAGUGCGUGAAUGGUACUUCAAUACUACGGACAAUGACUUGAGUUACUGGGGUCUUGACUAUCCUCCUCUGUCUGCAUAUCACAGCCUGAUGUGUGCGUAUAUAGCCCAGAUAAUAAACCCUGAAUGGGUGCAGCUUCACAAGUCCAGAGGUUUUGAAAGUACAACACACAAGUUAUUUAUGAGAACAACAGUGCUUGUUGCAGAGCUCCUCAUAUACAUCCCUGCCAUAGUAUUAUAUUGUUUAUGGCUGAAUGAGGGAACGGUUAAGAGAAAGAUUUGCACUCUGCUCUGCUUUCUGAUCUAUCCAGGGCUACUUCUUAUUGACUGUGGACAUUUCCAGUACAAUGCAGUGAGUCUGGGCUUUGCCCUGUGGGCUGUUCUGGCUCUGGGACUGGGCUGGGAUGCACUGGGCUCUAUGGCUUUCUCCCUGGCCCUCAACUACAAACAGAUGGAGUUCUACCAUGCUUUGCCCUUCUUCUGCUACCUCCUGGGAAAAUGUGUUGAACUGGGCCUAAUGGGGCAAGGGUUGUUGAUGUUGCUGAGAGUUGCUGCUACGGUGUUGGUGACUUUUGCUCUCUGCUGGUUGCCCUUCCUGUCUGACCCUGCUCAGACCUUGCAGGUGCUCAGGAGAAUCUUUCCUGUGGCUCGAGGCCUGUUUGAGGAUAAGGUGGCCAACACAUGGUGCAGCUUGAACAUCUUGAUAAAGAUCAGAUCCAUUCUGUCCAGUGACUUCCAACUCUACCUCAGUUUGGCCUGCACUCUCUUGGCAGUCCUACCAUCCUGUAUCAGACUUUUGACGAAACCUACAUUCUGGCAGUUUAAAUUGGCCUUGGUCAACUCAUCUCUUGGGUUUUUCCUCUUCUCCUAUCAAGUCCAUGAGAAAUCCAUUCUCUUGGCUUCCUUGCCCGUCUGUCUCUUCUUGAAUGACCUUCCACUAAUGUCAAUUUGGUUCCUGCAAGCUUCUACAUUCAGCAUGCUGCCUCUGUUUCUGAAGGACGGUCUUCUGGUGCCAUAUGUUGUGACUUCGCUAGCCUUCCUCAUCUUCAGCACCUCCUUGCUGUCAGCAUUGGAGCACUGUUCAGAAGAAGAGCUUGCACUGGGAGCCUACCACAAACUCUUGUUUUUUUCCAAAAUGGACCUGGCUUGGAUUGUGAGAUGGAAGUUCUACAUCAGCAUCUUGGCCAUGGCCUGUUUGAGCAUCGCAAGCGUCACUUUGUCCCCCCCACCUCAUUUGCCAGACUUGUUUCCUGUGGUAGUGUCUACUUUUUCUUUUGUGCAUUUCUUGGGGACAUUUCUCUACUUCAAUGUCGUCCAGUUCAGUGCAUGGCCAAGCAAAAAAAGACAGAAGAAGAACUAAUAAAUUCAGCACACGGAGGAUUAGAGUUAUUGACUCCGAAGAGCCAGUAUUGCAUAAAGGUAUAAGUUUGUUUUCACUAUGCACGAGAACUUUUGCUCACUGCCACUGUACUGUAUAUCAAAAGGAAAUUAUCCUUAUACAGUGCAAAUGUUUAACAUCCAUCCAGGUACUGCAAAAUUGCACUGCAUAAUAUAACGGAAGUUUCUAAUAUUUUUCCGUUAUGGUGUAGCUAAAUAAGGCUACCAAAAAUAUAAAAAAUGUAUCUCAGGAUGAUGUAGUGCAGUACCACUGCAAACAUCUACAAUAACAAAAACAUAACAUAUUAUUAUUGUUGUUGUUGUUCUUGAGCUGCAGUAAUUGUGCAGGUGUACCUGUUAUACUGUGCUAUAUAUCAUGGGUUAAAAUGACCAUAUUGGGAAAACAUUUUCACUCAGGGGAACUGUAAGCACAUACAGUGGAACCUUAGCAGUCAAAACGCAAUGCAUUCCGGGUGCUGGUUGACCUCUGAUUUGUUCAAUAAAAGCAAUUUUUAACAUUUUAACCUUCUUAUCUGCCGUAAACUAUUAUUAAAAUAUACUGCCUCUUUUUUCACAAUUUUAAACAGUUCCCAGGAGUCAUGAUGACGUCUGACAUGCGUUCAUCAAAAUACUCAAGGAUCAAGAAUUAAAACAUUUCUUGCCAUUGUGAAAUGGGCUCAUUUUAGUGGCAGAUCUGUCUGAUGUAAUGCGCCCGCCCUCACCCUGCCCCACAAAUUACUGGGUCACUGCUGAAACUGGCUUGCGUCAAACCAAAACUCCAUGUGAAGGUGGUUAUGUUAAUUAGCCCCACUGUAUUGUAACAGUGAGGUGGAAGUGUAGAACAACUUGCUCACAGACAUGUUUUCAGAAAUUGGCAGGUAACAAAAGAUUUACUUGGUUAGCCAAAAAUGAGGAUAUUGUGCUAGAUUUCACAUCACUUUGUCAAGAUGGUGUAGUUUUGAUGUAACUGUCUGUUUUCUUUUGGAUUAACUAGUCUUCUAAAUGGACUCAAUGGAUGGUGCUCAGCCCUUUCUUAUUUUUCCACUGCAUUUUUAUUUUUUUUAAUCACAUAUCAUGCAAGUUAUUUUGUACAAAUGAAUUUCAAUCAGAAGACAAAAUAAAACUUUGACAACGA